AUGGAACAGGAUUGCACUGAAAAUUCACAUUCUAGGCGUGUAUUGGACACGGAUAUUCAAAUUUACGAAGAGCUAGAAAUGAAAGUUGAAGAAUACGACCCAUCUUUUGAACAUGACAGCGGUGAACAUUUUAUUGAAGAACAAGGGUCUUUAAUAGAACCAGUUGAAACUGCAAAACAAUGCAAUGGCAACUCCAGAUCAUCUUACCCAAGGGGGCAGUUAACAAUGGGGCAAAAACGAGAAAUGUGUAUUUUCAAGGAAGAAAAUCCUAAAUACACAAUGAGAAAAAUUAGGGAUCAUUUUCAAGAAAAAUGGAAUCGACACAUUGGUCACUCAACAGUUAGUGACAUUUUGAAGCUCAAAUCAAAAUAUUUAAGUCUUCCAAAAUUAAGGGAAAACUGUCGGAGAAUCAGAAAAACGAGGAACUUUGAUAUGGAAGAAAAGCUCUACAAGUGGAUAGUGGAGAAUAAUAUGCGUGGUGUUGGAAUUACAAACAAUGCAAUAAAAGAAAAGGCACAGUCUUUAGGGGAAGAAUUUGCAGUUGAUGAAACUUUUUCAUAUUCAAAUGGAUGGCUGCAUUGUUUCAAAAUAAGAUAUGGGCUCAACAAAAGAAAGAUAGCCACAGAGACAAGCCCUGUAGUUGUGGGAUCACAGAUUGAUUUCAUGAAUCAGAUACAUUCAGAGUUGAAAUUUUAUGACUUAAAUGAAGUGUACUGUGUUGAGGAGCUAAAGCUCAUAUAUAACUUGAAGCCAUAUCGACAAACAUCCACUAUGGCAAGUGUCGUAGUAGGUUUGUGUUCAAAUGCAAAUGGAUCAAACAUGCUAAAACCUUUUGUUUUCACACCACCAUCAAAUGCAAAAAUUCUUGGAGAAAGAUUUCAGCCAGACAACUAUGCAUGGUUCAGGAUUAUCAAUAGCAAGGAUGUAAAUCUCUUCUCAGACUGGAUACUUGAUUUUGAUGAACAGUUGAGCAUCAACAAAAAGAAAGCUCUGCUUUUACUGAAAUUUUCUCUCCAGCAUGAAGAAAUAGAAAGUGGACUUCGAAACAUAAAGCUCAUGUAUCUUCCUCAGAGUGUUGAAGAAGUGAGUAUGAAUAAUCCUUUUGAUGCAGGGUUAUUGGAUGAAUUUAAGACUCGAUACAGAGGCUAUUGUCUACAGCAUUAUAUUGAACAGCAGUCAAAAGGUGAACAGGAAAAUUUGGGAUUGAGAGAUGCUCUAAGAUACAUUUACAAUUCCUGGGUUACGGUUCCACCGCAGACUAUCCUGAAAUACUGGCAGCAGUCUAAGUUGUUGUCAUGUGUUGAAGUGCUGAACAUUCCAUCCAAUGCAGGGGAGAAUAUAGGAAAUGAUGCACAAGUCUUGAUGCGAAAAAUUGAGGGAGAUCACAAAAUGACAAUAGAGCAGUACCUUAGAUUUGAAGAGAUAAAUAACAUAACACUGCAGAGUGAAACAGAUACAAAUAAUAAAGGACAGGGUACAGAAGUAACAGAUGAGUGUCCAAGAGUCUCUUGUACAGAGGCAAGAGAAGGACUUUUGAAAUGUAUCAGAUUCACAGAGCAGACAGAAAAUGCUACUCAGAAGUUACAAACUAUGUGGAACAUGAUGAAGUGGUUAGAUAAACAACAAUGA